AUGGUGGGAGGAAACCGGGCAACUCGCUCCACGCAGUCCCCUGGGGUGACUGUGGCGGGGGAAUCGGACGAGAACACGGUGAUCCUAGCGGUAGUGGGGGCCAUCCUCUGUAGCCUCCUUCUAGUGGUUAUCAUUAUCUUAACUUACCUUCUGUGUAAAUGGUGGAACAGGAAAUCUUACGUAGCCAAGAGGAUCAUGUAUGCAGAUUCUCAACCGGGUACUAGCUUCAGCAACCUCGGAAAGGGAUCCGUAUUUGGUACAAGCACCGAGUUCAACAAGUCCUACCAACACCGCGGACAUUCACGACGAUCUUCGGACGUUUCAGCUCGGACGUCUUCCACCACGUUUACCCGCCAUUCGAUGAUCGUGCUGCCGAAGCCUGCCUACUCUCACAGUUACGGGCCCUUCUGGUAUUACCCUAUCCCGGAUGACCAGAACCUAGCUAGUUCCGCCAUGCGCAGUGUGAUGGAUUAUCACGAGGACAUGACGUCAAUGACCACCGAACAAAACCCGCUGUUUGACCCUCAAGUGGAUUAUCUGCAGUACCCAGAGGCGGCGAAUGCUGUGGAUACGAUGGGUCGUCCUGCCGGGCAUCGCCCGGGGAUCCUUUUGGGAUCCGAGACGGGGUCACAGUCCACCCGCAGCGGGAGGAGAUACUACAAGGUGAACGCCGAGCGACACCGGCCUAGGGAACCCGAGCUGGUAGAAAAUGACGCGGAGCAAAGCGUACUGAGCGGGCGCAGUGGACGCAGUGGUCACAGUGGGCGGAGUGGGCGGGACAAUCCCGCCCUGGAACCUGAAGAACAGAUAACGACGGUAGAUUUAGAUGACAGUGAUUGACAGGUGAGUUCCGCGACAAUGGACGAGUGAAAAUGCAAUGAUGACUCGCCAGGAUUCCAGUGGAUUGGUUUGACGUUAUAGUUAUGAUGGAGUGGACGUCACCAAUGUCGUCACCAAGGCUCUUGGCGUUUGGUAAUAUAAACUGUGUCACAGAUCAUAUUCAGUUUGGUUUUGCGAAAUACCAUUUUGUUAUCAGUUUUGUACAACUGAUUGCCUGCGCAUCCUUAACAGGCUUUAUAACAUGGGCGAACGUCCGAUAGACUUUGGAUGGGAUCUCUUGUCAAUGUAGGGCACUGGACACGUGACGCCUGCCUUGUUUACAAAAAUUGGGACCAUUUUAGUAGGCCGUUGGCAACUUAUUAUUGUAGAUUAUUUCGGCCAUUUUGUGACAAAGCUUACAUGCGAAAUCUUCAUUUAUAUUUUUGCCAAUUAGCCAUGGUUUUCAUUGUCCGAGCGUGCUUGAGCCUCAGUGUAUUGUUGUUGUUGUUUUUUUACAUGUAUAUUUUUAUUUCAAGUUGGUGUUAAUGUUUGCACUUGGUAUUUCUGUAAUCCUAUUAAGACUAUUGAUUGAUUGAUUGAUUGACUGAUUAUCGAAGCAGUGCUGUAAAAUGUGAUAAAAUGUGAUAAAUAAGCAGGCAUGUUUUAUUCCCAUUAUUAACAUGAAUAAUGUAAUGUAGUUUUCAGGCAAGUUUGCAGGCCUUGUGUUAAGAACCUAUUAUCCACUUGCGUUACACCUCCUUCGCCAAAGGAUUUAACUCUUCCUUACUCAAUCGGUGACAUAAUUAUGACAGACUUUGGAAGAGACUCAUAUCAGAUAUGGUCACAAGCGUGCAAAAUGUGUCCUCAAACAACUUGCAUCCAUGUCUUGCUGUUUAAAACGCCGCAAUUUGCCCCGUAAAUCAAUUUUGCUAGUGGAACAUAAACGAACGAAACAUCCUCUAGCAAACCAGAAACCUGGUUAACGAUAGGAUUUGUAUUAGCAAGCCCUGUUGUCUUUCCAUGCUUGUGGUACCCAGUCGACAUGUUUGUUCCAGUGAUUGGAUGUGUUAGAUCAUAUACACAUCUAUCAUUCCUGUUUAGCCUUUUUCCACACGGAGAGCUAGAAGAUGGGGAGAAAAGGGGUUUUAUACCUUCAGCAAGGUUGACUGAGAUGUUUUGGUGCAGAUUUCAUUAAAUGAAUACAAAGAAUGAAAUAAAGUCAGCGGUUUUCGAUGCGGAAGCUAAACUUCUCCUCAAAAUAACUUUGACUUGUCAUUUUAGAAAUUUUGGUGCGCCAUAACAUUUUUGAAAUUAUGGUAAAAAUAUGGCAGCUUUUUCUGAGCCACGUCACUUUAUUCAUGCCAAUUUCCCUUAGGUGUGCAAAGGACAUUUUGAGAAUAGUUCAUGUAGUCACCUCCGAUGAACAUACCUUAAGAUUGGUCUAAUGACCAAAUGAUUUUCAAUUUCCCCAAAAUAUUCUGAAAUACAGUUUGGAUACGCCCGAAUAUGCGAACAUGACUAGCGCAAACUUCUCUACUGUAAAUGGGUGCGCCGGAAUAUUAAUUCAUAUACGUAUACAGCUUAGCUGUAUACACUCUAUGUUGUGAGAUAUGUAUACCUAUAGAAACUUGGCUCGAGCUUUUGUCGGGCCCCUGAAGACUCUCCUUUAAAAAUACCGGCCCAUCAUUGUUGCCGUAGAAAAUGGGAAGACGAAUUCAUCAUGUAGCGCGUUACGCCUGGAUGCAGAUGAAUUAUCUCCCUUUGUGUGCUUUCUUGGUAAAGUGUUUCCCGGCUGGCGUUGAAGAGAAAUUUAGUGGGCACAGUUCUUUAUAUCUAAAUGUGAGCCGACAGAAAUUCAGGACAGCAAGGAAGGGUGUUUUGUGACACAUAGCGUAUAGAAAUAUCCCUCGAAAAAUUUUACGCCAUACCAGCCUAUGUUUGUUCAAACUUUAGUAAGUCUAAAAAGACAGUCGUGUCUCUUGUGGCGCAGGAAAAGUCGCCAGAUCAUAGGAAAGUGUUUUUUACUGUAAGGGAAAGUUCCAAUGAUCAGCUCUAGCAAACAUGCUAGGAGAGUUGUAAGAAAGUACAGAAAAAUGCUUCUGAUUUAGAGUCGUUCGUUAUUUUCGAUAAAUACUAUGUCGCCUUAGGUCUAUGUGAUUUUUAAUCAGAGAUAUUUUCCUAUGCUAGCAGCAGAGAAAACACCAGACUGAGAUGUCCCAGGCUUUUAAGGUUGUAAAACUAAACCUAAGCAGACAACGACCAAAAGAGGGCAAAGGGAACGUUCAACUUUAUUUUCUUCUUAACACUGGUACAUUUAAAAAAAUAUUAUUGUUAGCAAGGCUUGCCAACUAACAGUCACGGUGAAGUUUUGUUUGUCCACAUUGUGCCCUUGUUACUGCUAUUCCUAUAUCACUGUGUAUCUCUGAAAGCACAAAUACUGUGAAGUAAUACCAACCUCGCUAAUGUCAGAUCAUUUGGCCACUCCCUGUAACUACAUCUGAAGUAACACCAGUCUCACUAAUGUCAGAUCAUUUGGCCACUCCCUAUAACUACAUCUGAAGUAACACCAAUCUCACAUGACAGAUCAUUUGGUCACUCCCUAUAACUACAUCUGAAGUAACAGCAACCUCACUAAUGACAGAUCAUUUGGCCACUCCCUAUAACUACAUCUGAAGUAACACCAACCUGACAUGGCUGAAGUAAUAACAGUUGGUAAGAUACACAUGGCUGAAGUAAUAACAAUUGGUAAGAUACACGUGGCUGAAGUAAUAACAGUUGGUAAGAUACACGUGGCUGAAGUAAUGACAAUUGGUAAGAUACACGUGGCUGAAGUAAUGAUAACUGGUAAGAUACACGUGGUUGAAGUAAUGACAAUUGGUAAGAUACAUGUGUUAACUGCUUUAACCAUAAUAUGUUGAUAACCUGUCCACUAAUUAACAUUAACAUGCGGUGGUUAUUCAGACAAAGUCUUUCAAGU